AUGAAGUUCGCGGAACACUUGAGUGCUCACAUCACGCCUGAGUGGCGGAAGCAAUAUAUUAAUUAUGAGGAGAUGAAAGCUAUGCUAUACACGGCGGUGGAGGAGGCGCCGUCAGCUGAGAAUGUGGAGCCCGAGGUGCUCUCACGACACUUCGCCAACUUCGACGAGACAUUCUUCCAUUACUGUGAUCAGGAACUCAAGAAAAUCAACACGUUUUACUCAGAAAAGCUAGCAGAAGCGACACGAAAAUUCGCUACCCUCCAAAGCGAAUUGAAGUCUCACUUCGAGACAGUGAAGCCCAAAGGUGGGGGUGACAGCAAGAAGGCCCAGCUCCCUCGCAGAAAGGUGCAAGAGUUGAAACUCGCGUUCAGCGAGUUCUAUCUCAGCCUGAUUCUGCUGCAGAACUACCAGAACUUAAAUUAUACAGGAUUUAGGAAAAUAUUGAAGAAGCACGAUAAGCUGCUAAACGUAAGCAACGGGGCGCAAUGGCGAGCUGUCCACGUGGAAACUUCCCACUUCUACACCAACAAAGACAUCGAUCGGCUCAUCAGCGACACAGAGGCGGCUGUUACCAACGACUUAGAGGGAGGAGACCGACAGAAGGCUAUGAAGAAACUCAGGGUCCCACCGCUGGGAGAACAGCAGAGCCCGUGGACGACGUUCAAAGUGGGCCUGUUUUCGGGCUCGUUUAUUGUGCUGUUUAUCACCGUUGUGCUGUCAGCGUUAUUCCACGAAGGUGCCACAGACAACUUCAAGACAGCUUUCCGAUUGUACCGAGGCCCGUUCCUUCUAGUAGAAUUCAUAUUCCUAAUUGGCAUAAACGUCUACGGCUGGCGGUCUUCAGGGGUCAACCAUGUAUUAAUCUUCGAGUUGGACCCCAGAAAUCAUUUGUCAGAACAAGAUUUGAUGGAGCUUGCAGCGAUACUAGGGGUGGUCUGGGCAUUAAGUAUACUCAGCUUUAUUUAUAGCGCGAGUCUCAGUAUACCACCCUUUGUGAACCCACUAGCUCUAGUAGUAAUAAUGCUGGCCUUUCUUAUGAACCCUCUGAAGGUGUUUCGACACGAAGCGCGGUUCUGGUUCUUGAGGAUAUGUGGGCGGAUUCUCGCGGCGCCAUUCGUGCCAGUGCUGUUCGCUGACUUCUGGCUGGCGGACCAAUGGAACUCCUUCGCCAACGCCUUCCUGGACUUCCACUACCUCAUCGCCUUCUACGUGGCAGGCGGUGACUGGUUCAGCGUUAACAAUGCCUUCGAAACACAACGCUGGUACAUAGUGACGCGAGCGGUCGUCAACAUAGUCCCGGCCUGGACGCGCUUCUGGCAGUGCCUGCGGCGGUACCGGGACAGUCGCGAGGCGUUCCCGCAUCUGGUCAACGCGGGGAAGUACUCCACUACCUUCUUCGUGGUGCUGUUCGCGACGCUACGGGGCAUUUAUAGCGAUCAAUACACCGACCCGUACGACAACCCGUUCCUAUACGCGUGGUUCGCGUGCCAGCUGGUCUCCUCGUUGUAUACCUACACGUGGGACGUGAAGAUGGAUUGGGGACUGUUCAGCUGCGGACCUAACGCUGAGAACAAGUUUCUACGCGAGGAGAUAGUCUACAGCCCCGGGUUCUACUACUUCGCGAUAGUAGAAGACUUCGUGCUGCGCUUCAUCUGGACGGCGUCGUUCGUGCUUACCGAGAAUAAGCUCGUCGGCGCGGAAACCAUGAUCUCCAUUCUCGCGCCGCUAGAAGUCUUCCGACGUUUCAUAUGGAACUUCUUCCGCCUCGAGAACGAGCAUCUGAACAACUGCGGCAAGUUCCGCGCCGUGCGGGACAUCUCGGUGGCGCCGCUCGACUCGUCCGACCAGGCCGACAUCAUCCGGAUGAUGGACCAUCCGGACGGGGUCGUCAACAGGCUGACAAAGAAGAAGAAUCCAAAAAAGGCAAAAGAGAGCGACCGCAAGCCACUACUCAAGAAAGAAUCCAUACAGGAGCUACAGCUUGAACUCGGUCUCUCGUCCAAGAUGCUCUGAGCUGUGAUACCCGCUACGAACACGCUAUUGUGGACCUUGGGCGCACGUGAUAAGGCCUAUCGAGUUUGCACGUCACGGUAUUUUGGACUUUAUUGCAAUUUGGUUGGAGCAUGAGUGAGACAAAGAUAUAUCUUUGAGCUAUUCUUUGUAACAUUCGAAUUCGACUGAAUUUUGUAGUUAACUUGUGUUUUAUGUUCUGGACGUGAGAAUCAAAUUUGAAUGGUCCUUCUGUACUUAUUUCUCUAUGUACUUAAACUUUUUUACGAUUUUGUCAUGCUCUUUUUGUUAGAAUUACGUACUUAAAUGGCCGUGAUGGAUUUAAGAUAGCUUUAUCUACAUUAUAAUGUGGUCUAAGUUGAUCUGGUAAACAUAACUUGAAUGCCAAAAUUGAUUAGAAAAAGAAAGAAAGAAAAGAAAGAUUACAAAAGACAUGCUGUCCUCUUCUAAUACUGAAAGUAUGAAGAAGACCGCAACAAUUUGAGCUGUGAAUUUAGAUUUAAGUUUAGAUAAUUCGUAUCGAAAUAAGUUACUGUUGUGCCAGACAUAUCUUGUAGAUUUUAAUCCUAAUUUCAUUAUUAAAAUUGGUUUUCCUUCACUUGUAAGUCUAGAAUUAGAUUUUUCGUUCAUCUUGCUAGAGCUCAGUGUUGUAUAGAAAUCAUAAAAGUCUAAUCCAUCUAUCUCUAUUCUCUUACCUUGUCCUGCAAAAAUGAACUGAGCUUAUAAUAAUGGGGUUCAUUUUUCUGUGUUCUAUUUCAAAUCUUUGAUUAUAAGUUCAAUUUUGCAAUCUACUAAAGUUGAUAUGCAAAAAUGAACUUUGAAUAGAUUAGGCAAGGAUUCAGUUUUGUUUACUAGACCAAACGGGCACAUGCGUAGCGCCUUAGGAACGUGAAAAGUGUGACCGUGGCACUAUACUAUAGCCGCUAUAACCAUAGUAUUAAAAUAUAUUUUUAGAAAGAU